AUGAGCUCGUCGGCACAGCAGUCCCCCUCGGCGCCCAAGGAUGUCCCGGCCAAGAAGGGCAGAGGCUUCGGCAACGUCUUCUCCAGGGUCAAGAUUGCGCUGCGAAGGGGCGACUCGCCUUCGUCCAAGGUGAAGCCGCCCGCCGCCAGCGCACCUCUCCAACCUCCUCCCACCAAAGCGGAGCCAGAUGCCUUGAGCAAGCCACCACCCCCCGUGUCAAAGGCUGCCGAAGCUCGAGCACGCUACGAGGAUAUGGAGGGCGUCACCAAAGUCGCCAGAACUCAGUUGUUCGAGGAGCGAGCCAAGAAGCUCGCCGAGCGAUAUGGCCUGGAAAUCAAUGCCGACGAUUGGAUCAAGACCACGCCCAAUGACAUGGUCCUUCGCAUAGACAAACCGAUUCGCAUCCGCGUCCGCCGCACAUGCCACAGGUGCAAUACCGCUCUCUCCCAGGCCAAGGAGUGCCCCAGCUGCCAGCAUCCCCGCUGCACAAAGUGCCCCCGCUACCCGCCCAAGCGCACCGAGGCCGAAAAGGUGGCCAGCCGGGAGAAGCGAGCAGCCUUGAUCCAAGCCAACAAAGAGAACCCGCCCCUCAUCGCCGACUACACCUACAGCAACAGGGGAAUGGUGCUCAAGAGACCGAGCAAGACAGGCGGCCAGGACUUGUACCAGAAGAAGCCCCGUCAGCGCGUCCGAAGAACCUGCCAUGAAUGCCAGGCGCUCUUCACGGCAGGCGUCAAGAAAUGCCAAGCCUGCGCCCACAUUCGCUGUACCGACUGUCCCAGAGACCCACCAAAGAAGGACAAGUAUCCCUUUGGCUAUCCAGGCGAUGCCUUUGGCCCCAGCAGCGUGCCUCGCUAUGAGUGCCAACGCUGCGAAGCCCUCUACCCGGUUGGCGCAGACCACGGAACCACCUGCAAGAAGUGUGGCCGCGAGAAGUCGGAGGCCUCGCCUCGAGCUCUGCCGCGCAAGGUGGAACGAGAGCCAGACCCCGAGAUUUUGAGAAUUAUCCAGGCCAAACUAGACAGACUCAAAAUCGCCUAG